AUGGGUGCAUUAUCAGCUGGGAUCAUCACACCAGCAUUCUUUGUUCUGUACCGUCAAAUCAGUUAUUGCAGAUUGAUAAGAGUGCUGAAAAAUCGUGAUUUUGCGUUUGAUUUACUCAGUUCAUUUGUGGAACAUUGCCUGACGUGCCCAGCCCUUCUCAUCCACCUUUCUGUUGCCAACAUCGACUUUUUGGUGGAGAAUAAAAUGUUCGAAAAAGCGAUAACGGUACUGGUGGCCAAUUUGGAGCUGACAGACGCAUUGGGAGGCAGUCGGAGUCUCUUUCUACUCGCCAAUCUUAUUCACUUGAGUUAUCUCGACCAACAUGGCUUGGUGGAAUAUCUGAUUGACUGGACGGAUGUGAUGAACAGAGUUUUAAUAAGAUGGCUGUGGAAGAAGCUGAAUAUAAUUCGUGCCGAAGCACAAAUCUGUGAAAGUGCCCGCGAACUGCCACCACUGUCAAUGACUGCGGUGGUGUGCCAGAUGUACCAGAAUGCUUUACUUACAUUAAAUUCAUUGCACACCGAUAUUCUCUCCGGUAUGUUUUACAUUUCAGCCGUCAUUAACUGUGACAGUGCCACUGUUGCUCUCGGUAUGCUUCAGCAUUCAGGCAGAUCAACCACUGAAUUUAAGCAUCCACAUUCAUGUCUUCGGAGUGGAUAG